GCGCGCGUGUCGGCGCACCCACACCGCCAAACCCCCCCACGGGCGGACACAAUGUCCCCUCCACGCGCGGCGACGUCCACACCGGACGCCGCCGUCGGCGUGACGCCACCAGGCAGGAGUCUGCGGCCCGCGCGGCUCCCGGAGAGCCUCUGCGCCGCCCUGCGGACGCGCUGAUCGGGCAUCCAGGCCGCGUCCUCCUCCUCCUCCUCCUCCCCCGCAGGAUGGGGUCGAGCUUCUCCGGCCUGGCGGCCUUCCAGUCCCUGCACGUCGUCAUGCUGGGCUUGGACUCGGCGGGCAAGACCACGGUGCUCUACCGGCUCCGCUUCAACGAGUUCGUCAACACGGUGCCCACCAUCGGCUUCAACACGGAGCGCAUCCGGCUGGGCGGCGCGGGCAACCCGCGGGGCAUCAGCUGCCACUUGUGGGACGUGGGCGGCCAGGAGAAGCUGCGGCCGCUGUGGAAGCCCUACAGCCGCCGCACGGACGGCAUCGUCUACGUGGUGGACUCCGUGGACGCCGAGCGGCUGGAGGAGGCCCGGGCCGAGCUGCACCGCAUCGCGGGCUUCUCCGACAACCAGAGCACGCCGCUGCUGGUGGUCGCCAACAAGCAGGACCUGCCGCGGGCUCUCAGCGUGGCGGACAUCGAGCGCCGCCUGGCCCUCGGCGACCUCGGCCCGGCCACGCGGUACCACGUGCAGCCCGCCUGCGCCAUCACCGGCGACGGCCUGCGCGAGGGCAUGGACACGCUGCACGAGAUGAUCGUGAAGAGGCGGAAGUCGCUCAAGCAGAAGAAGAAGAGGCAGUGACGGGUCACGUGACUCCCUUUUGGCGGGGGGUAAUCACGUGACUUUCGCCAGUGGGCGGGGAUGGAAAGUGGCGUAGACGUGACGUCAUCACGUCAGCGAAGUACUGGACACCUUUAAACUGAGCGCGGGAACGUCUCAUCCAAAAAAGUGCCACACCUUCAAAAAAAACAACAACAUUUGCCGCCAUCUCGGGCGCCAUAUUGUGACUGUUGUUCGCCCUUCACAAAUGUUACAGUAGCAGAAGAUGCUGCAUGCGAGCUUCGAUACACACACGGCAUUGUUGUGACUAGAGAUGUCCGAUAUUAUCGGCCGAUAAAUGCUUUAAAAUGUAAUAUCGGAAAUUAUCGGUAUCGUUU